CCCGUUUCAUUUUCAUUUCCUUUUUUUUCUUUUUCUCUUCUUUUUCGAACGGGGAUCGCUGCGUCGCAUCGUCCGUCCCUAUAAUUCUUCCUAUUAUUACCGUUACGACCUGGGUACUCCGUACUAUUAUCCCGGACAAGUUUCUGGUCCUACGGCCACCUCCAACAAGCUGCCGUCUCUACUCGACCAUCACUGAUGCUCCGACUCCGACUCUGAACGACGAAUUACGACCCAUGUCCUCGGACUUCUGACUGACUCUUACUCCUCUUGGCCGGUCCUCUUCUCCCUGUGAUUAUUAUGGGCUCUGGUCAUCGCUAGACCAUGACUUUUUCUAUGACCACCUUGGUGUUAUUGUUCUCCUCCACUUUUUCCAUCGGAAGCCGGCCUGCGUCUUAAGUUCCUGUCAUUAUUACUUCCGUUUUUUCGCCCUCCCCCAUCAAGCCAUUCUUGUUGCCGUUGCCGCUGCCGCUGCUUUGGUAGUCGCAGUCGCGCUUGCCGUUCCUCCACGUUUUCAAAUUCCCACUCUCCUUAUUUUUCGUUUUUUAUUUUAUUUUUUAUUAUUUUUCUUUCCGUUUUCCUAUUUGGCUCCUAUCCUUCUUAUUUACAUAUCGGCGAGCCUCACUCCCUUCGGUUGAUCUUCGUUUCGUUGAUUUUGGGCCUCGGGUCUCAUGCGGUCGGCGCAUCGUGUUCGUCCUUGAUCGCGGCGUCUGAAUUGGCUCCGACUGAGCCUCAUUUCUAAGUGCGGCUGGUGCCUGGUUCCGGUGGUGUUCGCCGUGUCUUGAUGCCAUCUAGCAGGUAAGCGUUUCUUUGCCUCGCGCUCCUUCAAUUACCUGCCCUCCCAUUGGAAUUUGCAUGAAGAGCUCUUUUUCUUCCCUCACAUUUUUUCAUGGCUACUUGGUGCUUGUAUUUUACAUUCCUUCGCCAAGGAUGUUACCUUGUUCUUUCUUCCUCGCCCCUUAAGAAAACGGCAAGACGGGUGGUACCUUACUUGAAGUGGAACGGGGUUCCAGUCAUCUACCACCGAUGAUGCAUGUAUCUAUCUACCCUGAUUCAUCCUCGUUUCCCUCCCCCUGCUCAAGCGCUUCGAGAGUCGCAAGAGCCGCGAUUUUCUUGCUUUGAUCGCACGAUUUACUACCAUGUGCCCUCCUGGGUGCUUUUUCCUUUUGUUCCCAAUUUUCUUCCCCAGGCGUCAUUAAUUAACCUCCUCUUUCCCUUCGUCUUUUCCUUCGCUAUCCUGGUUCAAAUUUGGUCAUAUAAUAGAUAAACUGACUAAAUUCCUAGGAAUCCUGGAGGCUACCACUGACCGGCUUGCCCCACUUAAAUUCUGUCGUUUGCUCAUUUCCUCUAUUUCUCUUUCUUUCGUCUCGCGCGAAACCAGCACUUCUUGGGUCUCUGUGUUCUGAAGCAUCCGGGACAGAGAACGGCAAAGCUUGAGAGAUAUCAAAAGGUGUGGCGCGCCUGAUGCGUCCGAAGCCGUGGUCUCUAUGGACAGACCUUACUACGAUCCUGAUGAGGAGCCUCGUUCCCCUGGGCUAGAGAUUUCUAAAGUCAACUAUGAAUCCAAGGACUCACCGCCUCCUUUUCUCCAGAAGGGCUCCGAUAGCGACACUACUAAAAAGUCUGCAGACGAGGGAACAUCUCAUGACUGUUCCCACCCGAACCGACUGGACAUUGCUGCUUUCGAAAGAAAUCACCCCCUAAGUGAGGAUUUGCGGCGCGAAGAUGACUUGGAUUUGCCGAAGAAAUACGUACUGAGCAAACCGGAACCACCUUCCGCUACGGACGAAUCUCUAAAACUGGCCCAAUCUGCUCUUAAUCUGCUUUCGGACAAAGAGCCCUCUAAACCUGAAGAAGUGCCUCCAGUACCACUUCCGUUAGUCGGAAUCGGAAAUGGUCCGGACAGUCCUCCCAAGAAUAAACUUGUCAUACCUUCUCUUUUGUCUCCCGAUCAUGACUCUCACAAACGAGAACCGGACUCCCCUCAAUGUCCCCAGAAACCAUUAAGUUCUUACGCCCCGGAGGCGAAGCCAGUUGGGCCCCAUUCGCCUCUAAGCAGGUUUGUAAUACCUGCGUCGGAGGCCUCGGCACAUGACCUCUUACCGGCUCUCCAUUCACCGGACAACAACCAUACCUUGCCCUCCAUCCAGACAGCACUGGGACUGCCUAGUGUGUCAAAGGAACCCCCUGGACGCCCCAACGGAUCGUCCCCCCUUUCUCUUCCUCCCGUCACCGCUGCGUCGCCACCUGCUCUUAGAAGUGAGCCGGUUUGGGAGCAGCAACGUUCGGCACCUUUUUGUCCUCAAGUUCCUCCCAGUCCGUAUUCACAUUGGUCACCCGCGAGUACUAAUGCUGGGAAUUUAUCGGCCGUAUCUUCACCUGCAUCGCAGAAUUCCCAUUGGCGAUCUCUCAAAUCGGAGAUAUCCUACCUGACUUCUCCAUAUGACGCGCACUCGACGGCCAAGAAUCCGGCGACAGGCUAUCCAACUCCUACAGACCAAACCCCUGCCAGCACAUGCGACAGGACACCAUACAACCCUCCGACGCAAUCUAGCGGUGCCAAUGUUUCAACCGGUACUUUCAAAUGUGCCUCGCCAGGGUGUACUGCUCCCCCUUUUCAAACACAGUACUUGUUGAACUCCCAUGCAAAUGUGCAUUCGCAAGAACGACCUCAUUUUUGUUCAGUCGAAGGGUGUCCUCGUGGGCCGGGUGGAAAGGGGUUCAAACGUAAAAAUGAGAUGAUACGGCAUGGCCUUGUUCACAACUCACCGGGUUACGUUUGUCCCUUUUGCCCAGAUCAGCAACAUAAGUAUCCGCGACCUGAUAAUCUCCAACGGUAUGCUUAACGAGCCAGUAAUGGACAGACGAUGGAAUUGUACUGACACAGAACAGGCAUGUGCGCGUCCAUCAUGUUGACAAAAGCAAAGAUGACCCCGCACUCCGUCAUGUGCUUUCUCAGAGACCUGAGGGCAGUGUACGCGGUCGACGUCGCCGACAAAGCGUUCAGUAACGCUUUUGCGUUGAUCAUUGACCCGGGCAUCUUCGCGUGAAAGGUGACUUUCUCAGACCCAUCGGGAAUUACGGGGUCAUCUUCAAAUCAGGGGACUCCAUAUAUAGUCCCCCUUGAAGACUUUAUUCUACCCUCACCUUAUUGUAUACUGCACAUGCAUUACGAACCAUUGCAUUUACUUCCAAACUUAUAUGCGUCUUCUUUG